GAAAAUGGUUCUUUUUCCAGAACUUAUUUUCUUCCACUCCAAACGGACCCCAAAAUCCUAGCUUAAAUUUCAAAAGCUCAAAACAGGAGCUGCUGCGUUCUUCCUGGCCAAAGUAGACAGCGCAGUUCGGCCAAAUGUCCAUAUGUAUUAUAGUGGGAUCAACAAUACACUCAUUGUUUAGGUUUUUGAACUGAGCCCGAGUGGAACACAGAGAUUUCGGAGCAUGGGAGCAAAUUAUGCCUCCUCGAAACCAAUCUUCUUUUGCAGGGAAACUCUCAACUUGGCACUUCCCUUUCAAAGCAGAAACACACAACUUCCAAUCAUUGGUUACAGAAAUCCAGCAAUAAAAUGCAGUGCUCGGUUUCGCCCUUGCAUUGAUAUACACAAGGGGAAAGUAAAGCAGAUUGUUGGAUCCACGCUGCAAGACACUAAGGAUGGAGAUUCAAGUCUUGUAACCAAUUUCGUAUCUGAUAAGUCAGCUGCCGAAUAUGCUAAGAUUUAUAAGGGCGAUGAGCUCACAGGCGGUCAUGUAAUCAUGCUUGGAGCUGACCCCCUGAGCCAAGCAGCAGCAAUUGAAGCAAUACUUGCUUAUCCUGGUGGCUUGCAAAUCGGAGGCGGCAUAAAUUCAUCCAAUGCUGUAAGUUACAUAGAAGCAGGAGCAAGCCAUGCUAUUGUUACCUCUUAUGUAUUCAAGAAUGGGCAAAUGGACAUUGACAGACUUAAAGAGCUUGCCCAGGUUGUUGGAAAGCACAGACUUGUUCUAGAUCUCAGUUGUCGUAAAAAGGUACAUUGCUCUUCUUAUAGGCAAAUUUGAUAUAUUACUUUGGUUUUGUUUCCUUUUGUAUCAUUUUUACAGAGGCACACAACUGUUUACCAUUUGCUACGGAAGCUUCCGAGUUCUGAGACAUAUUAUUAGGAGGGUAAGUAUGUAAUUGUCACGGACAGAUGGCAGAAGUUUAGUGAUGUGCAUGUAAAUCAGAAAGUGCUGGAUUUUCUUGCCCGGUAUGCGGAUGAAUUUCUAGUCCAUGGAGUUGAUGUUGAAGGAAAAAAGUUGGGGAUAGAUGAAGAGCUUGUCACACUGCUUGGAAAACAUUCCCCUAUUCCUGUUACCUAUGCUGGUGGCGUCACUACAAUGUUGGAUUUAGAUAGGAUAAAAAUCGCGGGGAUGAAUCGUGUGGAUGUUACCGUGGGAAGUGCUUUAGACAUAUUUGGUGGAAAUUUGGCGUACAAAGAUGUUGUGGCUUGGAACCGACAGCAGGAAUGUGUUUGACGGUUUAAUGCCCUUCCAUGGUUCAUCCAAAUUUUGGGUUGGAAACGCAAGUUCUUUAGAUAUAUUAGACUUUUCAAGAAUGAGGUUAAAUUAUUCAGAGUAGAAACCUGUUCUUCAUUUAUGUUAAACUAUGUAAUCCAAUACAUAAUGACAUUUUUU